AUGAAAGUGUUCAUCGGUGAGGUGUUUCUGUUGAGUGGUCGAAAAUUCUCGUCAUUUUGGUUUUCAAUGUGGAUGUGCAAGGAGUGCCCUGAGACUGUUAUCUACGAGAAACCCAACAUUGAAAUAAGACUACUCUGCAUCCUAAAGGCUCUGUGCGUGUACUUGAAUGAAGCCCCCGAGGACCUGGUUAAGACCUACAUGGAUGCCGAUGUUGGAGCAGAGAAGGAGUUUGAGAAAGUAGUGCUGGGUGUCUACAUCGUGGAACAUCAACAUGCCGAUGCAUCAGACUCAUUGGAGGACUUUGGAAUAAUCAUCGAUGGCAUUGCAGUUCUUCAAGACCUAAAACACAUUCCAACUGGAUGGGCGCUCCUUCUUGGAUUAAUCUACUGUCUGGACAUGAACUCUCGAAAGGGACUCGGAUGUACUUUUGAAUUUAUUCCAAAGGUAUUAAUGGAAGUGGACAGAAGAAAGCUCUCCAACAAAGUUCAAAUUCUGAAAAACAAACUGCACGAACAUAUCUAA